AUGGCUCUACAGAGUGUCUGUAGCUGGGACCUCACCUCUUCAAAAGAGCUUAUGCCACGUAACCUCUGCCCCUUUCCUGGUUUGAAAGUUGCAAGCUCUCCUCAUGUUUUCCUUCCACAGCAUAGUGUGUCUGCCUCUUCCAGGCAUCCUGAAGGGCCACCACCUCCAGCACAUGGCACUACUACACUUGCCUUCAUCUAUUCUGGAGGGGUUGUGGCUGCUACUGAUACAAGAUCCUCUGCUGGACAUCUGGUUUGCAGCCCAGACAGCCGUAAAGCCACCCUCAUCCACAGUCACCUGUUAGCCACUACCUCUGGAAGUUCAGCUGACUGUCAACUGUUUGGACGUGCUUUAGCCAGAGAAUGCAGAAUCUACCAGCUGCGGAAUGGAUACAUGCCCAGUGUUCGAGGAGCAGCUAAAAUGUUAAGUAUGAUCAUGAUGCCAUUCCGUGGCAUGAAGGUUUGUGCUGCCUUCACUCUGUGUGGCUGGGACAGAAAUGGACCUUGCAUUUGCUAUGUGUACAACGAUGGAACUCGUAUCAGCUCCUCUAAUGUCAUUUCUGUAGGGUCAGGUUCCCCGUAUGCAUACAGCAUUAUUGAUGAUGGAUACAGAGUGGGCAUGGGGGAAGAGGAGGCUCGUAAACUAGCUAGGAGGGCAGUUUGCCAUGCUGGAAGGAGAGAUGCCUACUCUGGUGGCUCAGUGGAUGUGUAUUGGAUCAGAGAAGGAGGAUGUGAGCGGGAUGCUAGGGAGGAUCUGGUACAGUUAUAUGAAAAACUGGUUCAAGAAGAGACACAUAAACUGGGCACAGAUGAAAUGGGAAAAGGCAAAAAGUAGACACUUUACACUGCAGUUCUGAGGAACAUUGGGAUGCAUUUUAAUUGUUGCAACAGCAGUUUUGUAACUAUAACAGGUGCAUUUCAUCCUUUUUUCUGUAUAUGUAUCCUCCUCUUCCCUCUGGAGAUGCGUAUAGGGCUGCUUUGUGUAUAAUUCACUCACUGCAGUUCUACUUCUUCUGCACACAGUCCUUUAGCCUUGCCCACCUCAAGCAUUCGCACAGUGAUUCCUCCACAGCCAGACAUCUCACAUGACUUUUUUCAUUUUAACACAACGCAUUACAGUAGCUAUUAACAGGCCGGCCCCAACUGUUUUUACUGCUCAGCAUUUAUAUUUAAUGUGAUACAUUUGCUGCAUGAUUAAAAUGGUAAAAUAACCGGGUUAUAAAAUGUUGUGUGUAACAGGAGUAACACUUUAUGUUAAUGGCUCUUUGUCUGGGGUAACACCAGAUUCCAGCAUUUGUUUGGGUUUAACUGUCUAUCUUGGGUCACAUUUGCUGCACUGCAUUGUACUGUAUAUUAUACAUUAACACACGGUAUUGCUUCUUUUAAUAGGGAGCCUUGUUUAUCUGUUUGUUAUGCUGGGUACUAUGUAAUGGGCAGCAUUCUAUAAAUGUAUGC